AUUAAGUUGAUAUUAGUUUGUCAAAAAUAAGAUUUAUAAAUGUGGAAGAGCUCGCUAAGAAAGUAAUCAGUAGAUAUAAACAAGAAGCUGACUAAAGAUUAAGCACAUCAGUAAUCUUAUAAUGUUGAUUUUGAAAGAACAAAUACUCCUGAGAAGCGCAGCAUGAGCGCUUAGAGGCAAAAACGAUAUUCAACACCUAAUAAUUAAAUAGAUUUUUUAAGGGUUGAAGAAAUACUGAAAAGUAGAGAUCCUGAAGCAUAAUUCAGUCAAUCUUUUAGAAUGAAAACUGAGGAUAAGGAGAAAGUAUUUAUUAACCACUUUAAAAAUGUUUAAGUGCCCAACUAAAAAUAUUUCAAUCACCUUGUAGGGUAAUGUAAAUGUGGUAAAUGUAGCUGCAAUCGCUGUAAAUGUACAGUAAGAGAAUUAUAACCAGAUUAUAAAAGGCUAAACAGAUCUCUUUACUAAGCAGAUUUUUAGCCUAAGUUAACUGAAGUUCCUUAGCCCUUUCCGUAAGACAAAGACCCAUAUAGGAUGCAGUGCAAAAUAGAGUUGAACACUACAUAGAAAACAGAUUUUAUACCAAAAAAGGGUGUUGAUCCUAAAUUAGAGUGUGGAUAUAUAGAUAGAAACACUCUAAAUUGCGGUAACUAAGCAAUAGAUCACAAUACUAUGUAUAAAAAUAAUUUCAAUAUUAAAAAAAUUACUCCAAACGUUUUGUUUACUCAUGAGCCAAUUGAGUACCUUAGAGUGCCUCAUGAUAAAAUUAAACAAAAGCUUACUUCGGAAGUUAAAAGCAAUUUUCGUGAGCCUAAAGAAUCCCUAUUACCAAGCUAAUUAACAGAUUAAGGCAAAAACUUCACUUAUAUUAAUUUCGCCUAUGAUAGACAUAAAAACUUGAAGCCUCCUAUUGGCAUGGAUGACAAAAUGAGUCUUAACACAACAGCAAGAGACUCCUUCAAGCCAUUUUAACCUGAAAAAACCUAAUAAAAUGUAUAAUAAAAUUAAGCUCUUAAAUUAAGCUAAACAGGCGCUAAGUUUAGAAGCACUAGCAGUGACCCAUACAACUAGGAGUUUAUCAAAACAAAAAAUGAAUGGGUUCAUGUAUUUAACAAUUAGUAAAUUCCAAACCAUUAAGGACAGUUCCUGAGUUCAAAAACUCAAAACUUCUACCCUAAAAAUCUAAAUUAGUCUUGUGAAGGAUGGAGAGUUCCUGAUGACAUUGAGAGAUUACCUAAAACUGCCUACAUGCAUGCUUAUGCUUGA